AUGAGUGUCAUGUAUCGCAAUAUGAUUCGACGAAGUGUCUCUCUAGCUCUCCUGAAUGACAGCCAAAUCUGGGUGGACGCGCGCACGCCGUACGCGCGCUGCGAGGAGCUGCUGGGCGGCGACGAGGCGUGGGCGGCGGUGGCGGAGAGCCAGCGGCGCGAGCUGCUGGGGGACGUGCGCAUCGCGCUGGAGCGGCGGGAGCGCGAGCAGGCGCGGGCGCGCGCCGCCGCAGCGUGGCGCGGCGCUCGCCGCCGUGCCGCCCUGCUGCCCUUGCCGGCCUCCACACCCAUUAGUAUUAGUGGGAAGGCGAAGCGGCUCCGCGAGCGGCAGCGGCGACGCGCGGCGCGCGAGGGCCGCUGCGCGCGCGACGCCUUCCUGGCGCUGCUGACCGAGCGGCGCGCGCGCGGCGCCCUGCACGCGCGCUCCCUCUGGAAGGAGCAGCAGCCUCACCUGCUGCCCGAUCCGCGCUACCAGGCGCUGCUGCGACACGCCGCCGAGCACGACGGUUCUACUCCACUGGAUUUAUUCAAAUUCUACGUAGAGGAAUUAAAAGAUAAAUACUACAAAGACAAGAAAAUGGUGCAGAAAAUCCUAGAAGAACACAACCUUGUUGUGAAGGCGCGCUCGUGCUACGAGGACUUCGCGCGCGCCGUGGCCGUGGACGCGCGCUCGGAUGACGUGGAGCCGGCCAACCUGCGCCUCGUCUUCCUGUCGAUGGUGCGGCGCGCGCGCCAGCGCCGAGGCGGCGACAAUCACCACCACUAGCGCUGCCCCCGCGGCCGCGGCGACCGCGCUCACCCG